UAGCUACUGUACGUACGUACGUGCGAUCGAGAUCAAGAUCCUACCACUACCACUACCAGCACUUGUGUAAAGUGUUCGCGUUUUGCAGCCUAUAAACAUUCCUGUCCAAAAUGACGGAUAUCAUUGGGUUUGGAUAUGCAGCCUUUGUUGCUUUGGGAGGCGUUAUCGGCUUUGUUAAGGCUGGUAGCACCAUAUCGUUGCUGAUGGGCCUCACCAUGGGUGGAAUGGCAGCUUACGGUGCCUCCUUGACAUCCAGAAAUGCUAACAACUGCCUUGUACUCUUUGGUGCCUCAGCCAUUCUACUGGUUGUCAUGGGGAUGCGUUUUAUGAACAGUGGAAAAUUUAUGCCUGCUGGCUUGCUGUCUGCAAUCAGUUUGUUCAUGGUGUUGCGUUACGGCAUCAGACUGCUGUAGCCUCCAUUGGCAGCUAGUCUUCACCUCAAGAACCACCUUGGCACUAGUCUCCAUCUCAAGGAGCACCUUGUUCUGUUUGAUGGCAUCCAAGAACUGUGAUUCAGAACUCACAUUCAUGUAGAAUGGACAUUUUUUGUACUGACAUUUGCAAUUAAUUGAAGAAUUACUGAAAUUAAAUUUCAUAAAUUGCUUUCUUUGCUUUGUCAUAAGGCAUAUAUUUACACAGCUGCUAGUAUGUUUCAAGUUUUAACAAAGUUAAUACUUUUUAAUGUGUUUCUCACGUCAUUUGUUGGGGUUUCUAUCUACAGAUGAUAACAGGAAUCAUAAGUGGCUCUUGCUAGAUGGUUAAUUUGAGGGACGAUCACUGCCUACAUGUAUGGUGUUGUAGACAGUAGUAGAACAAGAGGGGGGAGGGGCAACCCCCGUUCAGCCACUGACUAAUGUUAUAAUCCUAGUAAACUGGAGCCAGAAUAAUAAAUGGAAUGCAAAAGUUACUAACUUUAUUCUUAAAUUGCCGCAUCAUAAAAUUCAAAAUUUUUCGGAGGGAAAGCCCCUGGACCCCAUAGCCUUUGACACGCCUUCAAGUUCAACCCCCCCCCCCUUCCAGUUCCUGAAAGUUUGCUUCGACCCUGGUAGAUAAACUUCAAAUCCAAUAUCACACUAAUAACUAGGGAAAAUGUGAACACGUAACAAUGUAUUGAAGAUUUUAGAAGUACUGUUGUAGUACUUUUGAUAAAAGUUUCGUUCAAGCCAGACUGAAAUCGUGGUUUCCUUACUCUUACAUUGAGAGAUUAAGUUUUAAUUCAAUGACUGGUCAUUAUCUGAAGAUGUAAAUAUUCAAGGGUCAACCAUUCAAAUCAGCUUGCUUAAAAUUAAAAAAAUAUAAUUAAAACUUUGUAUUUGAAGAAAA